AUGCCAGCCGUCGUUGAACACUCGGUCACCACGGAGGUGCCUGGACCCGUGUCCAAGGCGAGCGCAAAGAAGCUCGACGCAUUCUUCGACGCCCGUGCCGUAUACUUUGUCGUCGACUACGACAAGAGCUCUGGAAACUAUAUCGUGGAUGUCGACGGCAAUAAGUAUCUCGAUGUCUACUCGCAGAUCGCCUCCAUCCCGGUUGGCUACAACAACCCCACUCUCAUCGAGGCUGCCAAGUCACCCGAGAUGAUCUCGGCCCUUGUCAACAGACCUGCCAUCGGCAAUUUCCCCUCGGCAUUCUGGCACGACCUCCUCCAGGAUGGUUUGAUGAAGGUGGCUCCCGAGGGCCUGAACCACAUCUUCACCGCCCAAUCCGGCUCUGAGGCCAACGAGCUGGCCUACAAGGCUGCCUUUAUGCUCUACCGUCGCCGCGAGCGUGGUGAUGCCGAGUGGUCAGAUGAGGAAGUCCGCUCUUGCCUUCACAACACCACCCCUGGCUCCCCCGAACUCGCCAUUCUCAGCUUCAAGAACUCUUUCCACGGCCGAGGCUUCGGCAGUUUGUCUACCACCCGGUCAAAGGCCGUUCACAAGCUAGACAUACCCUCUUUCAACUGGCCCCAGGCCUCCUUCCCCGCGCUGAAGUACCCCCUCGAGAAGCACGCGGCCGAGAACGAUGCUGAGGAGAAGCGCUGCUUGGAGGAGGUUGAGAAGCUGAUCCAGAGCUGGCACUGCCCCGUUGCCGCCAUCAUCGUCGAGCCUAUCCAGUCCGAGGGCGGUGACAACCACGCGUCCCCGGCUUUCUUCCAGGGUCUUCGUGACAUCACAAAGAAGCACAACGUUGUCAUGAUCGUUGAUGAGGUCCAGACUGGUUUCGGUGCUACUGGAAAGUUCUGGGGACACGCCCACUGGGACCUUACCUCCCCUCCUGAUAUCGUCACCUUCUCCAAGAAGGCUCAGACUGCCGGCUACUUCUUCGGCGACCGCAUGUUGGUCCCCGACAAGGCCUACCGCCAGUUCAACACUUGGAUCGGUGACGCUGCUCGUGUCAUUGUCUGCAAGGCUGUUGUUGAAGAGAUCCUGAACAAGAAACUUGUUGAGCAAACUGCUCGCGUUGGAGAUGCCCUCUACUCCGAGAUGGAGAAGCUUGCCCAGAAGUACCCUGACCACGUUCAGAACCUGCGCGGCAAGGGCCAGGGAACCUACAUCGCUUUCGAUACACAGAGUGCGGCAGCCGUUACGAGCUCAAUGAAGCGUCUUGGCGUCAACGUUGGCGCUUGCGGCAAGGAGACCAUCAGACUCAGGCCCAUGCUUAUCUUCGAAGAGGCUCACAUUCCCAUUUUGAUGUCAGCAUUUGAGAAGACCUUUUCGUCCUUGUAA